AUGAAUUGGCUAGAAAUAGGAAUCGGUGAAUCGCAACAACCCAUUGAGACUUCAAUGACUAUGGAGGAUUUAGCAAAAGUGGUGUAUAUGCUAGCGGAUUACGUUAAAUGGAAACGAUUUUGUCUUUUAGGGUACUUUAUGGGUGGAAUGAUUGCACUUACAGCGGCAUUAAACACUUCACCAGGAUUUAAAAUCGAAAAGUUGGUGCUUUGCUCAACAACCUCAAAAACAAUUUUCAGCGAGUACAUCGAAGGUCUGAAAAGUUUCGAUAAACAGAGUUUCACACCCGAGCAAAAGAAGAAAUUCGUAUUAAAAAUGUUAGAAAUCAAUUUCGCAAAAGAAUGGAUUGAAGUAAACCCAAGUGUUUAUGCUCAAAUAGUUGAAAGUGAAAAGAAGUCGACGAAUCGCAAAAGUCCUGCUGUGAUUGUUAAACAAACACAAGCAAUAGAUAAAUUUAAUGCUGAAUCGGAACUAAGUGAUAUUCUGAUUCCGACUCUUAUUCUUCAUGGUGAUAAAGACAACCUUAUUCCAAUUUAUAACGGAGAAGCAAUUCAUCGUAGAAUGCCUAAUUCUAAAUUUGUUGCAUUGGAAAAUGUUGGAUAUUUAUUUUAUAUAGAGUAUCCAGGCUCAGCUAAAAUUAUUGGUGCAUUCCUUGCGUCGGAAGAUUAUUCUAUUUCCAAGUAA